UAUAUAUAUAUAAUAUAUAUGUAUAUAUAUAUAUAUACAUAUACUUUUACUUUACAGAACAAUUUCUACACAUUAUAAAGAACAAUACCGGAUUAAUGGACUUUCAAAAUACAAAUCUCUUUAACGUUCGGUUAAACUUGCUUUCGGGUAAUCUAUUACCAAUGACCGACAAGUCAGACAAAUCCUCAUUUUCACUAUUCUGGAAAGUGCUUAGUAUUUUCCUGUGGUUACUGAUAUUAUUUUAUAUAAUCUCAUUAAUUUUUGCCUACUUCUCAGUAUCAAACGAGAUAGAAUUAAGCGAUGGUUUAGAUGGGUUAUACGUUAUGGAAGAAAUUGGUUUUAUAAUCUGUUACUCACGAAUUCUUGUGCAGAAAACACUGCUACAACAAAUGAUACAAAAACUGAAUGAGGCUCUAAGUAUUGAAGAUGAAAACAUGCGAUGUAUCGUAACAACGAAUCUAAAACCGCUUAAAAAUCCAUUCAGAUAUUGUUUAGUAAUUGGCGUCGGUUCUACUAUCUUCUGGUGUUGCUCAACGCUCCCGUUAAUUCUUGAAAGAAACACUUUCUACCACGCAGAUUUCGUUACACCAGCUGCUUUUUCCAAAGAACCAUUUUCUGUCGACGUUUUCGUGUUAGGCAAUGUGAUAAUAUUGGUCUGCAACAUACACUUUUUUUUAAAGAUAAUCGGCGUGGAUGUAUAUACAACACAUUUGAUAUCAUUAAUAACGGCGCAAUAUCAGUAUAUUUCUUCAAGACUUGUAUUGGCAUUUCGAAAUAAGAAACAUCCGAAUAACAGCAAUUCUCGACAAGGUAAUUCUAAAGUGGAUUCUCUCACAGCGAAAGAAAUAAAAAAUCUAUGUCGCCAACAUGUCAAUGUUAUGCACGUAACGUUAAUGUUGAAGAAACUGAUAUCUGUAAAUACCUUUUACAUAUAUAUAAUUAGUGUUUUCCGAUUCUGUUUUAUGGGUCUCGUGAUGAUUAAUGUAUCCGAGACCUUUUCAGAUGCAUGUUUUAUGUUUUUUUACGCAUCCGGUUCAGUAACACAAUUCUACGUAUUGUAUGCUUGUUUCCAGAGAUUAUCGGAAGCAAGUUCAGAAAUAACAAAUGAAGCAUUUCACGAAGAUUGGAAUCAAUUCAAUUUACCCAUAAAACGUAUGUUUUUAUUGAUGACAAUGGCUAGUAAUAAUAUUGAGAUUAAACUUUCAUUACUCGAUAGAUUCAACUUGUCUUUACCUUCAUUCAUGUCGGUAAGACAUAAAUAUGUUUUAUAUAGUCAACAGUUUGUUUCAUCAGUAUUCUAAGAAUAAAAGAUAUACACAUGUAGUUUUGUAUAAAUUUUUAAAUGUUUUUUUAGGUUUUAAACCAGGCAUAUUCUAUCGCUCUUCUGAUAUUGAAAAUAAGUUAAAGAAUAUAUAUAUUUCAUUGUUAAUAUAUUGUAUUUGUUGACAUAUGGUAAUGUAAUUUUAAUGUUAUCAAUGCAAAAAAUUCUUUCACUUUUAGAAGAAGUAGCAAAGGAAGAAUGUAAAUUAGGAUGUAAGAUAGAAAUAGAGAAUUAGGUAUAAAUAUAACUAUAGAUAUAUAUAGGUAUUUUGAAAGUAAACGCGCGCGCGCGCUGGUGUGUGUGUGUGUGUAUAAAGGGAAAGGAAAAUGUAAGGUACGGACGAAUGUAUAAGUACUAAUUGUUAAUCAAAUAUCCUGGACGGCUUGGUAUAUGCAGAAAGAGACACAGGGAACUCAAAUCACCGGCCGUUAGAGAUUGAUGUCACAAAGCAUAAAGGCUAGAGAAAGAGAUAUAGGAGACAAACAAGAAGAAAAAGGAAAAAAAAAAUUGAAAUAACUGUAUAGGACAAAGAGGCAAUAGAGGUGUAAGCAGAAAUGAAAGAAGAACCGAACUAUUUCGAAGAAUUGGAAGAAAAAUAGUCUGAUAGAAUUUAUAGAAUUUUUGCUAGGUGCAGCCGAUGAUACUCAUAUCCCUUUGCUACAUACUCAUCUGAAUCAAGAUGUGGCGCAGGCAUAUACCAACUGAUACCAAGGACACCCAGAUAAAGAAGAUACAGCAGAAGUCGAAGGUGAAGGUGGUGAAGAUACUGGUCGUGGUCGUGAUACUCUUCGUUCUCUCAUGAUUGCCUCAUUUUCUAAUUUAUCUUGUUUUAUAUUAAUAAUAUUGCAUAUUUAUUAAAAAUAAUAUUUGCAUAAUACUUCAAUGGUUUCUUUAAUCUAAAAAGUUGUAAAAUUUUUUUCGAGGUGAAGAUUCAUCAAAAAAAUAAAGGUGCACGCGAAUAAAUUAAUUUCGUAAAAAUCAAACAUUUUAUAAUAUUUCAGCUUUGUUAAAAAAAUUGAAAUAUCACGUCGUUAAUUUCUUUUCACGGUUUUAAGUAACUCUUUAGAAUUUUCAAGAAUUCUUUAAAUCGAUCUAAGAAAUAAAAUAUAAUUAAAAAAAAAAUAAUGCAAAACAUCCAUAAAAAGAAAAUUCUCCUUUUUCACCAUUUGCAGUUAGAUUAAAGUUCAGAUACUUGUAAUUUCAAAGACAUUAUUGGAUAUUGCUCGAAUCAUUAACACAAUAUUCAACAUUGUUACAUAACAACACGUUAAAACUUGUCAAAGCUUAAUACUAAACAUGCGCAAAGUACAAUCUCUAGUAUCUAUAAUUGUCGGCCGACACUUCCGCCUGUGCAAGAGCAUUCUCCUAUUGCAUGAUUUUUUAGCCACAUUUCUAUUCCCUAUUUCUUUGGAAAAUUCUCUUUAAAAUUUUGUGAAAACCUAACACCUGUUGUAAAGAUUGAAGAGUGUGCGGUAUCUUUUUUUAUUUCUUUGUAUCGUUUUCCGUAUGAAGAAACGAGGUUUUUAAUUUAAAUAUAUUUAUAAAGAGUACGAAGUACAUCAACGGCGCGGCCUCCAUUGCAUGUUCUUCUUGCAUUUGUGAAUCUAACGAAGCGGACUUGGCAAAUUCUUAUUUCUGAAGCACAAGAAUAUCACUGAGAAUGCCUAAAGAUCCAUUAAGACGUAUCGGAACGUACCAGUUCGUCAGGCUUACUCCUUUAGUAAACAACUCUGGAGGAGCAAAUAAAAAAAAUAGAGAAAGUUUGCACUUGAAAAAGGCAUUAUCACGUAUUAAGUAGCUUUUCAUUAAUUAUAAUAAAAGUAUACAAAUGUAAAUUGUUAAUAUAGUAAUAUAACAUGACUUCUCUGCCUCCCUCUCUCUUUCCCUUUCUCGCUUGAUAUAACCUAACGGAAGAUAAUAAGAUAAAGACAAAUAACACAGAUACUCGUUUUUAAAUUAACAUUACGUCGAUAUAAAUGUAUAUUAAAACUUCCAAUUUAUGCAAAACUUUAACAAACAUUUUAAGUAUAAUAUCAAAUUAAUGAAUGUUUCCAUAAUUUAAAUUAAAAAUAAACUAAAU